AUGGACCUCGAUGCGAUGACAGGAUCGUCGACAGUGUCGCCGGUCGUCGCUCCGGAUGACUUUACAGAGUCGGCAGCAUGGACGGCCGAGACCGAAAUCUCUGCCAACGAGGUUGUUGAAAAGGAGAAGCUUGUGCGCGAGAUCAUGGCCAUGCAAGAUGGUCUGCGUGCGCUCAUCAGCCGCGUCAGCACGGUAAAAGACGACUGCAAGAAGGCCGAAGCAGACAACGAGAUGUUGCAGACCUACAUCGACUCGGUCACAAAGAGCCUUGCCGCCAAAGAGAGAGGCUAG